CAGGGACCCUCCCGCACCGCAGAUCUAGGAGCAGGGACUCUCCCGCACCGCAGCUCAAGGGACCCUCCCGCACCGCAGAUCCAGGAGCAGGGACUCUCCCGCACCGCAGCUCAAGGGACCCUCCCGCACCGCAGAUCCAGGAGCAGGGACUCUACCGCACCGCAGACCCAGGAGCAGGGACACUCCCGCACCGCAGAUCUAGGAGCAGGGACACUCCCGCACCGCAGAUCUAGGAGCAGGGACUCUCCCGCACCGCAGCUCCAGGGACUCUCCCGCACCGCAUCCCCAGGAGCAGGGACACUCCCGCACCGCAGAUCUAGGAGCAGGGACACUCCCGCACCGCAGAUCUAGGAGCAGGGACUCUCCCGCACCGCAGCUCCAGGGACUCUCCCGCACCGCAUCCCCAGGAGCAGGGACUCUCCCGCACCACAUCCCCAGGAGCAGGGACUCUCCCGCACCGCAGCUCCAGGGACUCUCCCGCACCGCAGAUCAAGGAGCAGGGACUCUCCCGCAACGGACACCCCGCACUCUGCGCGCCCAGCAUGGACAUUCGGUGUAACAGCAGCGCAGAGGAUAACAGCAGGACCCCCAAACCAGGGCACAGGGAAGGGAAGGAUCCCAGAGACCUCCCCACCUCCUACCUGAAGGAGCCACAGGGCACUUACCCGGCUCCCGGAGCCUCUGACAGCUGCGCCAAAAGCAAGAGCGCAGAUCCGGAUUACUGCAGGCGCAUCCUGGUCCGAGAUGCCAAAGGCUCCAUCCGGGAGAUUAUUCUGCCCAAAGGGCUGGACCUGGACCGACCCAAGAGGACUCGGACAUCAUUCACUGCAGAGCAGCUGUACCGGCUAGAGAUGGAGUUUCAGAGGUGUCAGUAUGUGGUGGGUAGAGAGAGGACAGAACUGGCCAGACAGCUCAACCUCUCCGAGACCCAG